AUGGAGGAUGAGGUUAUCCAAGUCCGGGAAGUGAUGGCUACUCGUGAACGAGAAGCCGUGGAGGCCGUCCAUCACGCCGUUUGCCGCACGAAGGCCGAGUUGGAGGAGCCUCUUCGCGGCUCCGUAGAGCACUUGGAGGCCAAAGCGGAUGCGGCCUUCGACCGUGUCACUCGCGCCGAGGCGGAAAGCCAGGAGCCCUCGCUUCUCAGCGGACUUGGCGGAAUGCAUGAGGCAGAUUUCUGGAGAGCUCGCAAAGUUGCGCUCGAAGAAUCCAACCGCCGGGCUGGGGAGGCGACAGCAGCCGCUGCAGCAGCCGUCGCGGAGCGCGUCCGGGGUCCUGUUUUUCCGACCGCAGUCAUGCGGAUAGGUCGCAUCGCAAGUGUGGCCACCAAGGAAAAUGCAACGCUGCACAGGGUAGGCAAUGAUCAGGAGAUUUCCCGGCUGGAGCAGGAAGGUCGCGGCUUCCAGCACGAGGCAGCCAGGAGCUCCAAGCAAGCGGAGACAUUGCGCGGGGAACUUGCUAGCCAGCUCGCACAGUUGCAAACAGUGCAGCGAGAAGCCGAGGAUCUGGCACGAGAGCUGGAGCUGCGGAGCCUGCCAGAGCGGCGUUUCGAUGCACUGGACGGUGAAGUGCAGAGGCUCGACGGUUCCGACCGCAACGAGACUGAUCAGAGAAGACGGGGCGCUGGUUUGGGUGGAAUGUGGCAAGAGUCAGCCAACUCGGUUGCGUCUUCUAACGUGGAAGAGAGAGAGUCAGACUUGUCGGAUCGCAAACUCUGCGAUGCGAUGGAUCUCAAUCUUGCUGCCCUCCUGACCAAGGCAGCAGAUGACGACUUGCCACGCGGAGCCUCGAGACUGGCACAAACCGAGCCGCAGGUGCCCGAGACAGAUCCCAGGGAGCUGCAUCAGCUCCAGAAGGAGCUGGGCACUGUGACCGGCGAGCUGGGUGCCUCACGGGCUCGUUUGGAGGCUGCCGUGGCAGAGAAGCAGGUCCUCGAAGCCCGGCUGGCGGAAGCGUUGCAGGAUGUAGAAGAGGCCCGGAAGCAGCGUGAGGAGAAGGGCUGGGAGGCAGCGGAAGCUGCAGCUUCGUCCAAUCGGGAGAUGGCAAGGCAACGAUCCGAGAGCGACGAAAAGUACCGUCUUCUGGAGAAGGAGCAUUCUUCCGUGAGGGACAAGCUGCAAAGUGCGCUGUCCGAACUGGCGCAGGAGGAGAGUCAGAAGAAGGUGCUGGAACUGCAGGUUGAGACGAAGAGCCAGCAGCUAUCAGAUUUGGAGGCGCGCCACGAACGCGAGCUUGCGGCGCAGGCAGAGAAACUAACAGUUUUAGAUGAUAUGAAUGUGAAAGCUGCAUGCAGCUUCGGUUCACGGCCUGUCUCAGCUCACACAGAGGAUCAUGAAUCCGAGCAGCAGAUCAGACUGGGCCAGCUUCAGGCAGACUUGGCUCACAUCAUGCAGCAGUUCCAAGAGGUUGUACUUGAAUUGAAGUCGUUGCAGUCGCGUGUGCAAGAGGAGAAGGAGGCCACUGCGGCAGCCGAGUCUGGCUUCCAAGAAAGCAAAAGUGAAAUUGAAGCAACAGCGCUGGCAUGCUCGGCAUUGAAGCAACAGCUCGUGGCCAUCAGCGACCACUUUGCCAAGCAAAGGAUUGAGGCUGAUGCUGCGCAGCGUGGGGCAAACAAACUAGAAACUCGUGUCACAGCAGCAGACGGAAAAAGACUCGAGGCUACAUUUGUGCCGUACUCCUCAGAUGCUGGCCUUCAGGAGGUAGUGCAAGCUUCGGAACAUGAAGCUGGUCGACAGCAGUGUCAGCUCCAGAAGGAGCUGGGCACUGUGACCGGCGAGCUGGGUGCCUCACGGGCUCGUUUGGAGGCUGCCGUGGCAGAGAAGCAGGUCCUCGAAGCCCGGCUGGCGGAAGCGUUGCAGGAUGUAGAAGAGGCCCGGAAGCAGCGUGAGGAGAAGGGCUGGGAGGCAGCGGAAGCUGCAGCUUCGUCCAAUCGGGAGAUGGCAAGGCAACGAUCCGAGAGCGACGAAAAGUACCGUCUUCUGGAGAAGGAGCAUUCUUCCGUGAGGGACAAGCUGCAAAGUGCGCUGUCCGAACUGGCGCAGGAGGAGAGUCAGAAGAAGGUGCUGGAACUGCAGGUUGAGACGAAGAGCCAGCAGCUAUCAGAUUUGGAGGCGCGCCACGAACGCGAGCUUGCGGCGCAGGCAGCGAAACUGGAGCAGAUGCAGGGGGAAGUGGAUCGUUUGACGACUGAACUGUCCAAGGCAUCCCAGGGCUCACCAGCCGAGGAGUUCAAACGUGUGGCAGAAGAGCUUCGGCCCCGGUCACAGAGUGAGAACGAAGGCUCGGAAAAGGACCGGAAAAUCCAGGAGUUGCAGGCUCAACUCGAUGAAGUGAGCCAGCAGCUAAACCAGGUCCAGGCUGAGCUUGAGCAGCGCUCCAUCGAAGCUGCUGAAGCUCUCGUGGACAUCGGCCAGGAUGUAGACGCCAUUGAGUGGGAGAGUGGCCAGCGUGGGCGCAAGCUGGAGGCUCAGAUUGCUGAGAUCACCGAGAUGGAGAAAGAUGCGGAAGAAACCGUGGAGGCCUUGUCCGAGGAGUUGGAUCGCUGCAAUGCUAAGUUGGCAGCAAGUGAAAACAAGAGGAAAGAGCUCGAGUACCACUUGGAGGAGAAGCUUUGUUUCAUGCUUGCUUGGUCACGGAUGUUCUGUGCCAGUGUUUAUCGGUGCAGAAAUGGGCGCGGCAGCUGCAGGAUACUUCUGCAAAGCUUACCAGCGUCCAAGAUGAGCUGGCCCAGUGCCCUACUUUGCAAGACGAACGACGUGGGUACAGGUCUGUUUGCUGCUUUCCUGCGUAACCACAGAAUAAGCCAUAGCACAAGCUGCAGGGCUGGGCUGUGUGGUGGAAUCCACACGGCUUCACGUGUUGUGUAG